UCUUGCUAAAUCAUCAACACCAUUUCUCUCUCCCUCUCUCUCUAGUGGAGCUCCCUGCAGCAGUUAUUGCAAUGGCGAGGAAGCAAACAAUGAUGAUUUUCUUUCUAGUUAUGUUCCUCAAUUGGGUUCUCUUAGUACAAAAUCAUGCCAUCAGUGAGGCUCCAACACCACAGCCGCAACCCAUUGGCAAUCAUCCCGGUCCCAUGCCCGGAGUCACUGAAGGCAGCCUUCAACCUCAAGAGUGUGGGCCUCGAUGCACAGAUAGAUGCUCGAAGACAGCGUUCAAGAAGCCAUGCAUGUUCUUCUGUCAAAAGUGCUGUGCCAAAUGCUUGUGUGUGCCUUUUGGGACGUAUGGCAACAAGCAGUCUUGCCCUUGCUACAAUGACUGGAAGACUAAAAGAGGAGGCCCGAAAUGCCCUUGAAUUUCACACCCGUCUCUGUUUUCCUAGUUUCAAAAUUCAACUACCAUUAUUAAUUGGUUGUAAAUUGCUGAUCAUUCUAAUUUAUGUGUAAUUAUUAUAUUAAUUGCAUCUUCCAUGGAUGCCACUUAAAACUUAAUUCUAGCUGCAGUUAGUAUCUCUAGCUAUUUGUCAGUUUGGACAAGGAAUGUAAAAUUAAGAGUAAAUAUGGUUGGUUGAGAUUUAAUCUUGGUUUACACUCAACCUCAUCUCAAGAUCAAUGAUCAUGUUUCCUUAUUUUAAAUAAACAUUGAAAGUGGAGAUUUAAAUCUC